CUGCGAGGCGCCGGCGGGGAGGGAGCGGAGGCGCAGACGGCGCCCCAGCCCGCAUCGCCACCACGCCCCGAGGGGUGCCGAGGUGCCGGCCCCGCGGGUCGCCCUAGGGGAGAGGUUCUGCACGGCACCGCCCGCCCCCCAGCACCGGCCCGCGGGAAGCCGCCGCCCCCGCCCCACGUUGAGCCCAGCUGGAGCUCAUCAUCAAUGGGGCGCCCACGCGGGGCGCGGCGCGCCCAGGGUAGGGAGGCGAAGCCCGGCCCCGCCAUCUCGAUUGUUUUGGUUGGGUUUUUUUCUAAUUUCUUCAGAAGGAUGGAUACGUUUCUUCUCGCGUGGGGAUUUCUAGGGCUGUGCUUGCCAGGCUCCCGAGGCACGGCGGAGACAGCUCAACCAUGUGGGGGCCGUCUGAACUCCAAGGAUGCUGGGUACAUCACCUCCCCGGGGUACCCUGAUGACUACCCCUCCCACCAGAACUGUGAGUGGGUCAUCUACGCACCUGAAGCCAACCAGAAGAUCAUCCUCAACUUCAACCCUCACUUUGAAAUUGAAAAGCAUGACUGCAAGUAUGACUACAUCGAGAUCCGAGAUGGGGGCAGUGAAGCAGCAGACCUGCUGGGCAAGCACUGUGGGAACAUAGCACCUCCCACCAUCAUCUCUUCUGGCCCCUCUCUAUACAUCAAGUUCACCUCAGACUAUGCACGGCAAGGUGCUGGUUUCUCCCUACGCUAUGAGAUCUACAAGACAGGCUCUGAGGACUGCUCCAGAAACUUCACUGCUUCCAAUGGCACUAUUGAGUCUCCUGGUUUCCCUGACAAGUAUCCACACAAUCUGGACUGCAUUUUCACCAUCAUAGCCAAGCCAAAGGCAGAAAUCCUUCUCCACUUUCUGCUCUUUGAUCUGGAGCAUGACCCGCUGCAGGCCGGGGAGGGAGACUGCAAGUAUGACUGGCUGGACAUCUGGGAUGGCAUCCCUCAGGUUGGCCCCUUGAUAGGCAGGUACUGUGGCACGAAGAUGCCAUCAGACAUCCGCUCAAACACCGGUGUCCUCUCCCUCACUUUCCACACGGACCUGGCAGUGGCUAAAGAUGGUUUCUCUGCUCAGUAUUACUUGAUCCAGCAGGAAGUCCCAGAAAACUUCCAGUGCAAUGUGCCACUGGGGAUGGAGUCUGGCAGGAUCUCCAACAUGCAGAUCAGUGCCUCUUCCACCUACUCAGAUGGGAGAUGGACCCCUCAACAGAGCCGGCUCAACAGUGAUGACAAUGGCUGGACCCCCAAUGUAGACAGCAACAAAGAGUACCUCCAGGUGGACCUCCACUUCCUGACUGUGCUCACAGCCAUUGCCACACAGGGUGCCAUCUCCAGGGAAACCCAGAAUGGCUACUAUGUCCGUACCUACAAGCUGGAGAUCAGCACCAAUGGGGAGGACUGGAUGAUGUACCGACAUGGGAAAAACCAUAAGACGUUUCAGGCCAACGAGGAUGCCACAGAGGUGGUUCUCAACAAGAUCCACAGCCCGGUGCUCACGCGCUUUGUGCGCAUCCGUCCCCAGAGCUGGCACAAUGGCAUUGCCCUCAGGCUGGAGCUGUAUGGCUGCCACAUCACCGAUUCACCCUGCUCUAACUUGCUGGGCAUGCUUUCUGGCCUCAUCCCUGACUCACAAAUCUCAGCCUCCUCCAUCAGAGGCUAUGACUGGUCUCCCAGCAUGGCCCGCCUGGUGAGCAGCCGCUCAGGCUGGUUUCCCCGCAUCCCUCAAGCCCAGCCUGGGGAGGAGUGGCUGCAGGUAGACCUUGGCAUCCCAAAGAAUAUCAGAGGUGUCAUUAUCCAGGGGGCUCGUGAAGGGGACAGCAUGACUGCCACUGAGUCCCGCUCCUUUGUGAAGAAGUUUAAAGUGGCCUACAGCAUGAAUGGAAAGGACUGGGACUUCAUCCAGGACCCAAAAACGAUGCAAGCCAAGCUUUUUGAAGGCAACAUUCACUAUGAUAUCCCUGAAGUCCGGAGGUUUGACCCUGUUCCUGCCCAGUACAUCCGAGUGCACCCGGAGAGAUGGUCCCCAGCAGGAAUAGGAAUGCGCCUGGAAGUGCUCGGCUGUGACUGGACAGAUGUAAAGCCCACUGCAGGGACAUUGGUGCCCACUUUGAAGAGUGGAGAGAUUACCACCCCAUACCCAACUGAUGAAGAAGUAACCCAAUGUGAUGGCUGUGGAGAGGAGGAGGAUUUCCAUCUCCCUGCAAACUUCAACUGCAACUUUGAUCUCCCUGAAGACCUCUGUGGUUGGUCGCAUGACUUGGCAACAGGUUAUACAUGGUCAUUUCAGCCUACAAGCACCUGGAUUGGCAGCUCUGAACCAAGCCCUGAGACUGUGCCUGAUAGCAAGAGUUACCUCCAGCUGAAGAGCAGCAGAAGGAGGGAAGGCCAGCGAGCCCGGCUCAUCAGCCCCACCAUCUAUCUACCCCGGAGUGCUGUCUGCAUGGUCUUCCAGUACCAGGCAUGGGGCAGCAAUGGGGUGAUGCUACGGGUCUGGAGGGAAGCCAGCCAGGAGCACAAGGCACUGUGGGUCAUCACGGAGGACCAAGGGGAGGAAUGGAGGGAAGGCCGCAUCAUCCUGCCAAGCUACGACAUGGAGUACAGGAUUGUGUUUGAGGGGUUUAUACGCAACGACCACUCAGGAGAGCUCGCCCUCGAUGCCAUCCAGCUCGGCACUGACAUCCCACUGGAGAACUGCAUGGAACCCAUCACAGCUUUCCCAGGGGCAACCCUCCUGCCAGGGACCGAGCCCACAGUGGACACAGUGUCAGUGCAGCCCAUCCCAGCCUACUGGUAUUAUGUUCUUGCCUCCGGAGGUGCUGUUGUGGUGCUUGUCUCCAUCGCGCUGGCCCUUGUGCUCCACUACCACCGGUUCCGCUAUGCGGCCAAGAAGAGCGAUCACUCCAUCACCUACAAAACCUCCCACUAUGCCAACGGGGCCCCCGUGGCCGUGGAGCCCACCCUAACUAUAAAACUAGAGCAAGACCCCAGCUCACGCUGCUGAGAGCCGAACAAGAAUGAGAGAGCAAACAAAACACAAACCAGACAGACAGACAGAAACUAAGACUUCAGAUACUUUGCCUCAGUUUCGCACCUUUUUUUCUUACCUAGCAUGCGUGUGAACUGUAGACAUCUCCAUCCCUUCUGCAUCCCCCUCUGGUCCUCCCCGAAUCUUUUAUAAACUCUAAACUAAUGCUGCAUCUCGGAUCACCAGAAGAGACACACCUCCCCUUCACUCAGAAGUCAACCCUCCCUUUCAAUUACUUUUCAAAAACUCUUGGGUUGUCUGGUGGGGUUCUUUGUUGUGUUUGUUUGGGGAGUAUUUUUUUGUUGUUGUUGGUAAGCUCAUUUGGUUUGUUUUUUCUAUCCUGGAAGCUCGUGUGGGUGCAGCUUGUGCAUGUGUGUGCUAAAUCCGUGUGUGAGUGUGCAUGGGAUGUGUGCAUCUGACUGACUGAAUGUAUAUUUAGAAACAGCCCCUUUUGAAUUUGCUUGUUAUUGUUUCUGCUUGCACAGGGAAUGUGUGGGAUUUUUUUCCUUUUAAAUUCCCCCCCCUUCCCACCUUUCCUUUGGAAGGUCUGGGACACAUUUAUGGUAAAUACCCUGAUUUGUUUACUUGGGGAAGAAAGCCCUGCUUUUUUGUUGCCUUAUCUAGCUUUGGCUGGGUUUCUUGUUUGAUAUUGCUAAUGACUCAUGUGCAAAAUGAGAAGAGGCCAGGCUGGACAGUAGGAAUGUCCACCUCAGAUGGCUAGAAGAAUUCAGAGAGGUCAUAGAUGUCCAAAAAGUAAGAUCUCUCCAUCUUAUUCUUUCUGCAGCCAACAUGAUAACACAGCCAUUGUUUGGAAGGAAGAGGGGAAACCCUCCCCUUCCCCCACCCACAAAGUGAAUCUAUUUAAAGUUGCCUUAUAAAAAAGAAGCUCAUAAUGAAUGUUUUGUUUGUAUCUGUUAAAGCCAGCCUUAAGGUAACACAUAGACUUCAGCAGGUCUAAGGUGGAUGCUAAGUACUGUAGUUUCUUCAGAAUUGAAGGUUUAUUUAUUUUGUAAGUAAUCCUCUCUCUGGUUGCUGAUGGUUUUGCUCUUUACACAGGGAAGGGGGAGAGGACUUCUCCUUGUCUUUCUGCUAGAAAUGGUCAAGGGAAAAGUAUAUUUCUUCUUUCUGAGUUUUGGGUUUGUAUUUUUUUUCCUCUGUCAAAUUCAUAGCUGCUGAAUCAUUAAAAAAUUGCCAAUUGACUUUCUAGAAUGUCAGUUAGUUUUGCAUUUGCUCAUGUUCUGCUUCUUAAAGCACCGGUAGUAUCUAGGAAAGCAAAGCCUAACAGGCAAGCCCUGGGGGGGCAGCUACUGCUGCUGCCUUAACCAGGGAGGUGAGAUGCCUCUGACUGUUGAAUGGCCCAGCAUAUUAUAGUGGAAAUGCCUUAUAUAAAUUACUGAAUGAUGACAUGAGAAAGUGGAUUGAAUCAUUAACUCUAACCUGUUUGCAGGCAAAAAAAGUACCUUCAGUGAGCAAGGUUCUCCAUCUUGUGUUCAUUUGUGAUGAGUGAUCAGGUUCCCUCCCUCCUCCUAAACUUGCUAGUGCUCCCCAGCCCUCAUUUGUCCGUGAAUAUUGGAUAGAAUUAAUUGAGGUGAGCAGCUCUGUUGACUCCCCUGCAGUCUUGAGCUUUCUUUUGGUUGAAGGAAAAAGUGAAAUCACAAGCAGUGCUGUUCAUGUGUAGCAUGAGCUGCUAUUUCAGCAGAGCCCUCUCUUCAGAGGAUCUCAGUUGAUGGAGGUGCCACACUCCCCUCCCUCCCUGCCUUUAUUCAUGCAGCCUGUUCCAGCUGCUCAUGCUGUUGACUCAACAGAUUUCAGCAGGACUCCCUCAGCAGCGAGUGUCCAAAACAAGCAGGGAGCACAGAAAAACCCAGGGUGAUUUGGCACGGUGAGCACGUGUUUGGGGCAGCAUCCCCCAUGAGUUCCCAUGAGCUUUUGAAGGGCAGCAGGGACAUGCAUGUCCCAGCAGGACCUGUGAAGGAUCUGGGGGGACUCCUGUCACCUUGCAGGUGGUACUGCCCAGGGGUCCCCAGAGAAGGGCUUCCAGGGUCAGGGCUGCUCUCUCAGUGAACAUCCUCAUCAUGCAGCACUGGUAUGUAUGGUUUGUGAUGUGAAAUCCCACCUCCCCUCAGCCAGCUGCAGAUUGAAACAGAUAUGAAAUAUCAGCAUGUGCUUGUUGCAUUUUCAGGACAGCCCAAGCCCAUGUCAGCAGGUGAUACUGUCACUUUUCCAAAGUCACUUCAAUCUCUCUAGGUCAGGACAUCCCCUCUCUUCAUCCAGUUUCUGGUCCGUAGACUCUAGCAAGUGUGCAUUGGAGUGUCAGGGAGGAGAAUGUUUCACCCUGUCUUUCAAACCAAAAUUACCAAAGACAAGACAGAAGGUCUCUUUGAGGUUUUUAUUCCCAGUUCUCCCCCACUCCUCCAGCCCUGACAUCUCCAGCAUUGCCCAGUUGCCUGUGUGUGAAAAAUAUCUUGUGAAAAUUUGAAACUCUUUGAAGAUGUAUUGUGUGGAAUGUAAUAAAAUUAUAAUAUUUUU